UUCCAGGAGAAUGAGCCAGAGCGGGACUCUGCAUUUGGAUGGUCACCAGGAGGAAUAUUAACCUGACUCUCUCCCCACUUUCCUCCUCCCCAGCUUCCCCUUCCUCACUGUGUCCCUGCUCUGCCUCCCACAAGCUGCGGCUCUCCCCGUUUUCCCUGUUGUUGUGUGAAAAGUUUGCGAAGUGGAGACGGGAGCGAGUGCCGAGCCCCCGAGCCCGGCUCAGCCCCACAGCAGCUGCCCCCGGGCGGCGGAGAGUGAGAGCCGCGGCCGCUUCCCCGGCGUUGGGCGGCGGCUCCGCAGGAUGGCUCGGCUCGCUGGCGAACUGCUACUGCUACUCGGGCUUCUCAUCCUCACCAUCCACAUCACAGUGCUCAGGAGCAUUCCCCUCGCUCAACAGGCUGAGAACAGCACCGCACAGAAUAGUGUUAACGUGGGAAAGUCCUCGUCCACUAGUGCAGCUCGGACUGCUGAUUCAGUGAGAGUGUACGAGGGGAAGGCUGACGCUUCUCAUUACCAGACGGAACAGAAAACAUUUCCAAAGCUCCGGACUCAACAGGAGGAGGAACAUGCACCCUUCCAGAGAGAUGGACCCAGGACAUUCCUCUUAGAUCUGGAGAACUUCCCUGAUCUGUCCAAAGUGGAUAUCAAUGGACAGAACCCCAACAUACAGGUCACGAUUGAGGUGGUUGAUGGGACGGAAAUUGAGGCUGAGAGAGAUUUGCGCAGGGUGACCAAGCCAAGCUGGCCUGUGCCAUCGUCCGACUGGAGGAACUGGUGGCAGAAAUCAUCGGCAAACGCGGCUCGGAGCAACGGCGACCACCAGGAAAGCAGCCAGGCUGGCGAGAACAGCAAUUUCCUGAAUCCUGUGGACAGCUGGGAUAGAAGGACAGUUACCCAGCGCAGGUGGCAGUCCAAGGGACAGGUUGAGUAUGAUUACACAGAUGGAGAAGGUGACUGGAGCCCAUGGUCGCUCUGCAGCGUAACCUGUGGCAGUGGCAACCAAAAGCGUACCCGGUCCUGUGGCUACGCCUGUACUGCCACUGAAUCAAGGUCAUGCGACAUGCCAAACUGUCCUGGAAUUGAAGACACUUUCAAGACUGCAGCCACAGAAAUGAGCCUAAUGGCCGGAGGUGAAGAUAUAAAUGCCACAGUGCUAUUUGGUCUGGAUACCGACAGCUGCGAGAGGUGGAUGAACUGCAAGAGUGAAUUCUUGAAGAAGUACAUGCACAAGGUUGUGAAUGACCUCCCGAGCUGCCCCUGCUCCUAUCCCACAGAGAUUGCCUACAGCACGACCGAUAUCUUUGACCGCCCCAAACAGAAGGACUUUCGCUGGAAGGACGCGAGCGGACCCAAGGAGCGCCUGGAGAUCUACAAGCCGACGGCACGCUAUUGCAUCCGCUCCAUGCUGUCCCUGGAAAGCACGACACUAGCAGCUCAGCACUGCUGCUACGAUGAGAACAUGCAACUGAUCACCAGGGGUAAGGGUGGAGGGACCCCUAACCUCAUUAGCACUGAGUUCUCAGCAGACCUACAUUAUAAAGUGGACAUUCUGCCAUGGAUCAUUUGCAAAGGGGAUUGGAGCCGGUACAAUGAGGUCAGACCCCCAAACAAUGGUCUGAAAUGUACAGAUAACCCUUCUGAUGAUGUGUACGAGAGGCAGUUCCGAGAGGCCCGGGAGUAUUAAAAGCCUGGCUGCGAUUAAUAGACUGAAUGCUCACUUUCUGGAGGAAGUGGGUUUAUUUCCGUGUGUGGCCAGGCAUCCAGUGCCCUGGAUAUGCGCACCCAAAGCAUUCAAAACACCACAGAACAGAGUUCAGUCACUUGGCACCUUGUUGAUGCUUCGUUUUUGCCUGCUCUAAACGUUUGAAGACCGUUUUUUUUUCCUUUUCCUUUUAGCAGCAGCAGGCUUGUAGUUCAAAGGGAACACUGUGCCCAUUUUGAAAACAGUUAAAGGGAAACAAAUUUGUUUAAUCUAAUUCCAUUGGAGGGAUCGGGGAGAGGGUGUGUGUGUGAGUGAGAGAGAGAUGAGACAACCCAUAGUAUUCAAAGCAUUCUGUGGAUUGGAGGCAUUUUCAGUGAAUUCGACCAUAAGCAAAGGAAGUGGCACUUUUAAAGAGUUUUGUCUCUCUCCCUAUGUCUUUCAUGUGCUCUUGAGAGUUCUUAAGAGCCACUUUAUAAACUAUUAAUUGUACUGAAAUCAAAAUGUUACAGAGAAUCUCACUUUAAGUUGUGACAUAGAGAACUUUCUCAUUGAAACCUCUUUUAAAAAAUGUUCUUAAGAUUUUUUUAAAAUCUGCUUUAUCAUUGUAUAGUAUUUAUUGAGCUGCAGUUUAACAGGCACUCAUGCUCACACACACUCACACUCACACACUGUCACACACAUGCAAACACUCUGUCACUCGCUCUCUUGCACACAGUCUCUUUCACAAAAACACACUCUCUCAAACAUACUUACACACAUUCACUCAUGCACUCACUCACACACACACAUGCACUCUCACACACACUCUCUCUCUCAAACGCAUACAUACACACACCCAUCCUGUCAUGCACAGACUCUCUCUAACACAUGCACACAGACACGGACUGUCUUUCACUCAGACACUCUC